CAGAGCAGGCGCCCACCACAACGCAUCGCCAGCUGACUGAGAGGCUUCUCAGGCUUUCAGGCUUACAGACUGCGGGGCCCAUAAAUACAAAAACCCCCAAACAUAAGCAAUCGAGUCCUGUGACCACUUGUCACACAUGUUUGCCAGAAAGCAACCCAAGUGAUAGUGACAGUUCUGGGUAUUGUGUGGGGUGUUGCGGGGAUCCGUCUCAAGGGCCACCACUCCACAGCACCGGCUGGCGCAUCGAAUGGUAACGGAGUUCGCGUGUGCGUGUUUCAAUUUCGUGGCAUUACUAAAAACGAUACAAAAACUCCAUCUAUGUGAGAACUGACUUGUGCAGGGGGCCUCUGCCUGUGUCGUUGGGGCGGCGGCGUCUUGUACGUGUGUUCACGCUGCUCUGCUGGCCAAAAGAAACCAAAACGUGCUUCAAAUUGUGGCCAGUUGGCGGCAGUGGUAGCAACUGCUGCUGCUAGGCGGGGAAAUCAAAAAGAAAACGAAGGAAAUUCCAAUUUAACAAAUCGAUUUCGAGGCUUUUUUAUGGUCGUCCAAGGCGGACAGUCGUAUAAAUAGAGCCAGUGACAGGCUAAUGACAAAUUAAAUUGUUUGGCCAGCCAGCGGUAACAAAGUUGAAGAAAAAAACCCGCCGCUGGCAUUAAAACUGGCGCGUGUGAAAACUUUGAGCUGCUAUCAGCCAAAACAACAGUAACAAUAAACUGCGAUAAAAACAACAAACAAACGGGAAAAAAGUUUCUUUAUUUUUGGUUUUAUUCGAAACGCCCAGCGCCACACCAGUGCCACUCGGCCACAGGGCGACCAUCAAACAGCAGAACGCAAAUCAAGAACGACAAUGACGGCGUCGCGGCUCCCGGUCUCAUCCUGCUGCCGCACAAUGCCCCCUGGCCCUCGGCCUGUCCUCCCUCAUCAGAUCCGGACGCAACGCGCGUGUUGAGCAAUUUCCCCGGCGACGACUGCUCUGCGCUUGAGCAGCACUGUGAAUCGAGACUCUGCCGCGUAAACUCAAACAGAGACACGUACCGGAAGAGGUGCCCCCCGAGAGCUUUUGGGCAAUGGAGUGGAGAAGCACCGCCGUGACUCUGACGCUGACUGGGACUUUGACUCUGACUGGGCAUGAUGUUGUAGUAUGAGGACCAACUUCGGUCCGUUGGUUUGCAUUGCAGAUUGCAAUUAUUCGCGUUUUAAAUUACGCGCAUACUUGAGAGGGAAGAGAUAAAACUGGCAGCACAGCCACGACGAGAGCGAAGGGAAAACAUUAUGAGCAUCAAGGCAACGGAAAGGACUUUAAUAAGCAACGUUUUAAUCAGAGUGCCGAGCGUUAAGUGACCACGAAAUGAGCGACAUGUCAAGGACCAAAGUUUCUGAUUUCCUUAGCACUGCCAUCAGCCAAGCGCCGACGACAAUGACAUUAGCUGCAACAUCAUCAACAGCAGCAAGAGCAACAGCAACAGCUACAGUAAAAGCAACGAGCAGGCCCACUAAAUCGAUUGCAACAUUCGUGGCUGGUAGCGCUGCCUUUAAUGGCACAGUCACAACGACAGCGACCGCCUCAAAGGGUAACCUUUUGCUGACAACAUCCACAUCUACGACGACAACAACGACUUUGCCUACAACAUCGCAGUUUGUGGACGCAUCGUUGACUUCGCUUUCACUAACAGCCACAUCGACAGCGUCAAUAACAUCAUCGUCUGCUGGCGCUGGAGCUGGAGCUGGAGCUGCCACUGGCACUGCCACUUCAGCCUUCUGGUCCUCCGAGUCACCGUUUGAGCUCUUCCCAACAGUUGGGACAAACUUGACAAACAAUAUCAGCAGCAUCCUCGAACAGAGCGAGGGCGAGCUGGAAGAGAGCUGGGUGGAUUUAUCGGUGCUCAUUCUCAAAGGCUUCAUCUUCUCGUCAAUUAUCCUGGCCGCUGUUCUGGGCAAUGCAUUGGUCAUCAUCUCCGUGCAGCGCAAUCGUAAGCUGAGGGUGAUAACCAAUUACUUUGUGGUGUCGCUGGCCAUGGCGGACAUGCUGGUGGCCCUCUGUGCGAUGACAUUCAACGCGUCCGUGGAGCUGUCCGGUGGCAAGUGGAUGUUCGGACCGUUCAUGUGCAACGUGUACAACAGCCUCGAUGUUUACUUUUCCACGGCAAGCAUACUGCAUCUAUGCUGCAUAUCCGUCGACAGAUACUAUGCCAUUGUGCGUCCACUGGAGUAUCCAUUGAAUAUGACACACAAAACGGUGUGCUUCAUGCUGGCCAAUGUCUGGAUACUGCCCGCCCUCAUCUCAUUCACGCCCAUCUUCCUGGGCUGGUACACGACGGCGGAGCACCUGCGGGAGAUAUCGCUGCACCCGGACCAGUGCUCAUUUGUGGUGAACAAGGCCUAUGCCCUCAUCUCCAGUUCGGUGAGCUUCUGGAUACCCGGCAUUGUGAUGCUCGUGAUGUAUUGGCGCAUCUUCAAGGAGGCUGUGCGCCAGCGCAAGGCUCUGAGCCGCACCAGCUCGAACAUUCUGCUGAACAGCGUGCACAUGGGGCAAACGCAGCAGCCCACCAACCUGAGCUAUCUGCAUCCCAGUGACUGCGAUCUAAAUGUGGCAUCCACGCGUGAGGAGACGCACAGUGCGCUGAGCAACUUGGAGGACAUGCUGCAGCCGGCGACGGAUGAGGAUGACGACAAGGACGAGUGCGAUGAACUGCGCGUGCCCUCCCCGCCGCCGCGACGCCUCAGCCGCAGCAGCAUCGAUCUGCGCGACCUCGAGCAGGAGCGCUACGAAAAGGUCACGCACACGGACAGCGCACCCUCGAUGAUGGCGCUGCAGCAGCAGCCUCUGCACACGCACACCCACAAUCAGCUGCAGCCGCCAGCUCCUGUGUUCAAUCCGCAGAUAUGGACAGAGUCCUUUCCAGCCACAAAGUUCUUCCAAGUGGAGGGGCAAGAGUCACAGACGGAGGAGCAGGAGCUGGGGCAGCCGCAGCAUCCGGCGCUACCGCAGCAGCAGCUCAGCCUGACCAGCGGCAGUGGCAACAGCGAGCCGGAGGCCGAGUCCACGGCCUAUCGGGUCUUUGGGCUGCACAGCGACGAGAGCGAGAGCAAUGACCACUACGACACCCACUUGCCGCUGGCCGAGGACAACAAGGAGCUGAAACGGCUCAUCGAGGACAAUUAUUUGUACUUCAAGAAGCAGACGGGGGGCACGGUCAUCAGUGCGCCAGGAGGAGGCAAAUACGCCGCUCUCAGCGAGACGGACUUCAUCCGGCUGAAGGCGGGUGCGGCGGCAUGUGGGCGCAAGGCGAUCGCAGCCAGCGAUUCGGAAUUUCUGCGCACGAUCAGCGAGGCCAGGGCCAGCAGCACGGGGCAGCAGCAGCAGCAGCAGCAGCAGCAGUUGCCCGGCAAGGAGAAGGGCUUCAACUUCCUCUCGCUGCUGGCGAAGACGAAGCGCUCCAGUGCCGAAUGCUUUGCGCUGGAGAGGAAGCGAAACCAGGCCACCUCGGAGGGAUCGAGCUUCUUCCGGCGCGCCCGCAAUCGGAAGCUCUCGCACAGCUACAACGGAAGCGGGGGCGGUGGCGGUGGCGGUGGCGGCAAGGAACGCAAACUUGAGCGACGCCAGCGGCAGCACAGCGACACGGACUCAACGCCCAACAAGCCGGACAUCCUGCUGGACAUCAACGUGCUCAGCGAGCAGAGCGGUGCCUGCGUCAUUCAGCAGUUCAGCGAUGGCGUGCAGCUGAUCGACUUCAGCGGCGACACUGACGGACUCGGCAUCGGCAUGGGGCCGGGGGACGAGCUGGCCCAGCUGGCUGACUGCUUCGGGGAGUCCCCCAAGCAUCCGGCCACGCCGCCGCCCUCCCUCUCGCCGCCCGAGCUGCCGGAGCAGAGCGGCGGCAUGCUGAUUGCCAACAGCUCCGAGCUGGCCGAGAUCUUCCGCUCGCUCAGCUUCCCGCUGGGCGAACAGGGGCGCAGCGUUGGCUCCAGGCGCCAGGCGGCAGCGCCCCAGCGAAUGAGCACGCUGAGCGAUCAGGUGUGCGCCAACUACCUGAUGUCCCCACCGAACACACCGGCUCCCGCCACGGCCACAGCCACGUGCACGGCCUCGUGCACGUCCGCUUCCAAUGGCAAUGCUCUGGGCUCCCACUCCAACUCCAACUCGCAGUCGGCGUCCAUCAAUGUGUACUUCCUGUCGCCGCCACCGCCGCAUGCAACCGGACCUGGUUAUACGCCAAGCGACACGUCGACAGUAUCCCUGGAUGUGGUCACCACGCUGCCAGUGCCGCAGCCCAGUCCCCAGCCGCUGUCUGCCUGCAACCAACAGCAGCAGCAGCAGCAGCUUCCCCUCAACAUAUCCCCAAAGCCAGAAAUCAUACUCGACUCCACGCUCUCGCCCGUGGAGGGCGGUGGCGAUGGCCUGGGCGGUGAGCCCAUCGAUGUCACAUCGCCGCUGUUCAAGCGCAAAGAUAGCUCUGGAGAGGCGGAUGUGAGUGUUUCCGGGGGCCGUCAACGCUGCAGCAUCCUGGCCGGCUACGAUGGCCUGCAGACCGUGAGGAAGCGUCAGGCCUCCGUGGUGACCUAUGACGUCAAUGUCAUAAAUUUCUCGCAGGAGAACAGUGACAGUCGCAGCUACAUUCCCAUGGGUCGCGUCUCCACCAGUUCAGCAAAGCACGAAUUUUCCAAUAAAUCCUCGCUCAUUCGACGCGGUGGCAUCUGCAUCUUUGUGGAUGAGGAGGAGGCCGAGAUCAGUGAUCAGAAGCCGCGCGGCAUCAAGUUUGCCCCCGUGUCCAGCCCGCUGCCGAAGUGUCCGCUCUGUGGGAGCGACAUCAGCACCAACAUCACAACCAACUCCACUGACACCACCGCCAAUGCAAGUAGUAAACGUAGUAGUCACGCCCCAGCUCCAGAUCUUGAGCCAGAGGAGCCCCCCACACGCUUCUGGCACAAACGUACGGCGGCGGUCACGGCAUGCUGGCAGCAGAGGCAGCGCCAUCGGAAGCACCGCUCCAAAGCCGGAUGCAGUCACUGUGGUGCAACCGGCGGCUCUGUGCGGCCAGCAAAGGGAUGGAAGGCCGAGCACAAGGCUGCACGAACUUUGGGCAUCAUCAUGGGCGUCUUUCUGCUCUGCUGGCUGCCCUUCUUCCUAUGGUAUGUCAUCACCUCGCUCUGCGGUGCCGCCUGCCCCUGUCCCGAUGUGGUUGUGGUGGUGCUCUUCUGGAUCGGUUACUUCAAUUCGACGCUGAAUCCGCUUAUCUAUGCCUACUUUAAUCGGGAUUUCCGUGAGGCAUUUCGCAAUACGCUCGAGUGUGUGCUACCAUGUCUGGAGAAGCGAAAUCCUUACAAUGCGUAUUACGUCUAGACCGGAUACCACGCCACAAUCCCCCCCCUAUUGAACAAUGCCCCUGUUAGUGAUAUUUAAUACUUGAGAAACUCGUAAUACCAAAGAAAAUAAGCAAGGAAAAACAAAAGGCGUUCCGUGCAAGCAUCUCUAGCUGGCAAAAUCCUUCGAGCUAAGCAAUACUCAAUGUGUGUUUCUGUAUACGUGUAAUUUUUCACUUAAGCAACGAUAGGGAAUUAAAUUAAAUUUAUGUUCUGUGCGCCCCAUUGGUGUGCGACUCUACUCGUGCACAGGGGAGAGCGGCGCGCUGACACCCAGAACUACACUAAACCUAAAUAUAUAACUGUUGUUGUCUCAAGAACAAGAUAUACGUAAACAUAUUUAACAUAUACAUACAUACAUAUACGAUAUAGGAAAGUCAAUCAAUUGGAAAACCCGAUGGCUUACACAUAAGGAUGAGACAAACUCCGGAGUUCAAGUUAAACACGAUUAUAUUAAGGCAGCAUCGAUUGUCUCCUGGCGUUUCGAAGGGUUUACACUUUUUGCUGGAAAUGUUUGAUUACCAAAUUCAUAGUUGAAUUAUUGUCUAAAAUGUUUGGGUUUAUUAUGAAUGCUGCAAAGAGUCUCGGUAAGAGUCGCGUCCUAGCCCCAGGCCCCUUUAAAAUUCAAUCAAAAUUUCCAAGAAAGAGUGUAAAUACCCCAUUAAGCAUUAAGUAUCAUACAUAUAAUACGUAUAAUCUAGGUAUUUGAGUAAUAGCAAACAAAAUCUACAUACUCGAAUUAAAACGCAAUUGAGAAUUAUAUUAUACAAAUUAUGCAAUUCAAAUUAUGUAAA